GUAGUUUAUAGAUCUAAGGCGAAGAUAUCAACCGUCGAAGAUUCUCAUAAAAAUGUUAUUUUCAUUUUAACUGUCUUGUAAAUGUGCAGUAUAAAAUAAUUAUCUUAUUUUUCAUUAUUUUAUAUCUCAAUAUUUUUGUUAUAAUGUCAGAAGAUCACAAAAAUAAAGCGUUUCUUGCUUACAAAAAUGAUUCACGAAUACCUUGUCGAUAUGGCGCGAAAUGUUAUCAAAAAAAUCCAUUACACCAUAAUAAGUACAAACAUCCUCCUUCGAAUAAAGAAAAAGAAGUCGAAGAUGGUCAAAAAAUAUUAAUUGGGAAUAAAAGAAAAAUUGAAGAAAUAAAUGAUGAUAAGAAAGAAGCAGAUUUUGUGCCAAGUAAAAUUCAAAAAGUUAAGACUGAUGUUUCUAAUGUUGACAUAAAUAAUUUAGAAGAUAUUGAUAAUAUAGAAACAGAGAAAAUAAUUGACGAUAAUAUAGAAGAAAUAAAAGAAAAAUCUUGUGCUUCAUCUGAUGAUAGCAAUCAAACAAUCGAUGAUGAUUCUUGUGUGAUAUUAUCUCCAAAUUGUAUGAAAGAAAAUAUCAAAAACUUAUUCUUAGUUCAAAUGCCAGAAGAUUUUUAUCAAUUUUAUGAGUUUUGCAAACUUAUUUCUAAAAAUACACCAUUGAUGGCACUAAAAUCUAUUCAUCUUAAUCUUGUGGGUCCUUUCGAUAUCUUAGAUAAUAAAUUAAAAAGUUUUAAAAAUAAAGAUAAAGAAAAAUAUCUUAGACAUUGGAGAUAUUAUUAUGAUCCACCAGAAUUACAAACAAUUAUUAAAGGAGAAAAAGAUGGUUUACAUCUUGGAUAUUGGAGAGAUGAAUGUUUUGAAAAGCCAAUAUUUGUAGUUAAAAAUAAAGCAGAUGUAAAUUGUAUAAUACAACCUGUGGCAGAAAAUAUAUUUGGUGCAGUUAAUGUUUGUAUCGAAGACGCAUUGAAAGCAGCUAAUCUAUUUGAAAAGACAAGUAUAUCGCAACUUCAAAAACGAUUAAAAGAAUUUGCUCAAGAACAUAAUAUAACUUUAGAAAGAAAAACGGCCAAAAUGAUAAAUCGGGAGAAAAAAGUCGUUGCAAGGACAUUUCAUAAAGCUGGAAUCAUUGUACCAUAUAAUAAGAAAACACAAUUGGGUUAUAGAGAAUUAUCAGUUACCGAUAAAGAAUUACAACAAAUAUUUAAGAAAAUAGACGAGGCAGAUACCAUAGAAGAGCGUAAAAAAGCAAUGUCUAAACUCGACGAAGUUGUACGCCUCGCAACAAUAGCUGCAGACGAAUGUGACUUCGGCACUUGUUUAGAAUUGGCACAUGAUCUGUUUUCUAGCGGUAGCGUACAUAUUGAAAAAACAGCGUUACAAAUGUUUUCCAUUGCUUACACGCAUCUUGAUCGUCCAGAAUUUUUAGAAAUAAUUAAGGUACACUUGAAGAAUAGAAAACGUGGUAAUGACUUAACCGUCAUUUAAAAUUUUUCAAAUCUUAAAAUAUAUAAUUUUAAUGCAAGCUUUAAUUAAUUAUAAAUUACAAGUAAUAUAUUUGCGAAACUAUUUAAUAGUACUUAUGUAAGACAUACAUCUGUAUAAUACUAUAAAUUUAAAAAAAUAUAUAUUUUAAUAAAUUUAUUUAAUAACAA